GAUAAGAGGGGAAGAGAAGGAGCGGCGAGGCGAGGUCGCCCAGCGCCCGGCUCCGCGGCUGCGGAUCUGCCUUCCCGCGGCCCCCCGCCGGCGGCGGACAGCGGUGGGGUGGGGUGGGAGGGUCCUCCCUUCCCUUCCCUCCCCGGCUUUUCCUCCCUCUUCCCCCGCCGAGGGGGGGAGAAGGGGCUGGCGAGGAAAGGAGGCGACCCCCGGGGCUAGGCGGCGGAGGGGGGCGAGGCUGGGGAGCAUCUCCGAGCGCCGCCGGACACGGAGAAGGGGCGAAACUGCCAGCGCUCCGCCGUGUACCCCAAGCCAAACUUCAAGGGGUGGGGGCUAAAAAAAGAAAAAGCAGGAAAAAAAAAAAAAGAGACUGAGAAGGGAGCAGAGCCGGAGAGCGACGUCCCCGGGAGGGUGCCCCAGCCCCUGCCGCCGCCGCUCAGGAUGUGGGUGCCGCUGCUGCUGCUGCUGCCGGAGCUGCUCCCCGCCGUGCCGGCCCAGAAGCUGUCCGCCCUCACGUUUCUGAGAGUGGACCAAGACAAAGACAGAGAAUGCAGCCUGGAUUGUGCAGGUUCUCCUCAGAAAUCCCUUUGCGCAUCUGAUGGAAGAACAUUUUUGUCUCGGUGUGAAUUUCAACGAGCAAAAUGCAAAGACCCUCAGCUGGAAAUUGCCUACCGGGGCAACUGUAAAGAUGUUUCCAGAUGUGUGGCUGAAAGGAAGUACACCCAAGAACAAGCUCGAAAGGAAUUUCAACAAGUAUUUAUUCCAGAAUGCAAUGAUGAUGGAACAUAUAGUCAGGUUCAGUGCCACAGUUACACUGGAUACUGCUGGUGUGUCACUCCCAAUGGUCGUCCUAUCAGUGGAACUGCCGUGGCCCACAAAACUCCCCGGUGCCCAGGUUCAGUGAGUGAGAAACUGCCACAACGAGAAGGUACAGGAAAAACAGUCUCCUUGCAAAUCUUUUCCAUUCUGAAUUCAGAUGAUGUCUCAGCUCCCGCGCUGGAGACUCAGCCUCAAGGUGAUGAAGAAGAUAUAGCUUCUCGUUAUCCUACAUUAUGGACUGAGCAAGUAAAGAGUAGACAAAACAAAACCAAUAAAAGCUCAGCAUCAUCAUGUGAUCAAGAACUUCAGUCAGCCCUAGAGGAAGCUAAACAACCCCAGAAAGACAAUGUGUUCAUUCCAGAGUGUGCUCAGGGUGGCCUUUACAAACCAGUGCAGUGUCAUCCUUCCACAGGCUACUGCUGGUGUGUUCUCGUGGAUACAGGACGUCCCAUCCCCGGUACAUCAACAAGGUAUGAACAGCCUAAGUGUGAUAACAGUGCCAGAGCUAACCCAACCAAAACAAAGGAUUUGUACAAAGGACGCCAGCUUCAAGGUUGUCCUGGGGCCAAGAAAAAUGAGUUCCUGACAAGUGUUUUGGAUGCACUGUCCACAGAUAUGGUGCAUGCAGUCUCUGAUCCAUCAUUGUCUUCUAGCCGGGUUUCAGAACCUGAUCCAAAUCACACUCUGGAAGAGAGAGUAGUCCACUGGUAUUUCAAACAACUAGAUAAAAAUUCCAGUGGUGACAUUGGAAAGAAAGAAAUCAAGCCAUUUAAAAGGUUCCUAAGAAAGAAAUCAAAACCCAAAAAAUGUGUGAAGAAGUUUGUGGAAUACUGUGAUGUGAACAAUGAUAAGUCCUUGUCAGUUCAAGAAUUAAUGGGUUGCUUGGGAGUAACAAAAGAAGAAGGUAAAGCAGAAACAAAGAAACGCCAUACAGCCCCUAAAACCAACACUGAGAGCACUUCAUCCAGCAGGCAGCAAGUUUCUAAGAAGCAAGGGUGAACAGCUUACUGAUCCAAGGCAGAUCUCUUUGACAUGUGGGAGAUUUCCUCACCAAAAGGCAAUAAGAACAACUGUAGUAUUUGCACUUUGUACUUAAAAUGUAAAUUCACUUUGUAGAAAUGAAAUAUUUAAACAGACUUUUUUUAAUCUGUGAAAAUUUAAUGGCUAGUUUUGAAAAAUUAUCACAUACAAUGUAUGUGCAUUCUUUUUUUGUCUGAAAUAUGUAAAACAUGUUGGAGAUGUAAAAGUUUGCAUUUAAACUGUUUUUUUUUUUCUUUUUCUUUUUCUUUUUCUUUAUUUUUUUUCUUCUUUUUAAUAGUUAUUUGGCAAAUAUUAUCAAAGAAACCUGAUUCUAUGUAUUUUAGUUUCAAUAGUAUACCUUGUUUUUCUUAACCAAUACUGUCUUUUAAGUAGAGUUAUGCUGAAAGUCUACUGUAUUCUCAAUUUUGUCUGAGCAAUGUUGGAUGCUUCAGAUUUCCAAAACUGAGGGAAGUGUGUAAAUUGCUGUUGACUUGUUUUUGCAAUUUUUAACUAAACAGAUUUUUCACCUAUGGCAAUAUUUUGUUUCAUUUAGUGUUUAUUACUAUGCUUACCAAAGAUCAUGCAAUGAGAAUGCAACCACUAACCAAUUCAAAACAGUUAUUCUACAGUUAGGAUUUUUGUUAAAAAAUGUAUCCUUUUAUCCAUUUUUUGAGGUGCCUGCCAUUAUAAGUUGUGGUAGUUUUUCUCCACCUUCCCCCCCCCCCCCCCCUUUUUUUUUUAACACAACAAACGAAGAACGAGUAAGGUGAAUAAUAAUGUGACUCCAGUCUCGUUCAGCAUGAUUCUGCACAAAGCAUAGAAGAUUUCAUAUGGGUCAGAAUUGUAAAUCUAACUCUAAAGAGACAGAGAGACAGAGAAGGCUAAACAGUUUUGUCAGCCUUUUCUUCUCCUACACCUCGCUGUCCUCAUCAUCUCUUUGCUUUGCUUUGGAGUCCACUAGAGGUAAAGAUGAACAAAUUAUGAAGAGUUGCCUUUAGGAGGGGCUACUCACAUCACCCCCGCCUGAGGGUUUCUCCUUGCUAUCUGAAAGAAUCUCUCACAAGUUUUCAUACCUUCUCUGUCAUUUCCCCCCACAACUCCCAACAUUUUUGUAUUUGUGCCUGAGGUGAAUAAGAACUUGUGGAUGUGAGCAGGUAACCCAAGUAAAUAAAGGUUCAGCUCUUGAACAGCUGUGAGUUACAAGCAGCUGGAUUGAUUGAUGCAGCGGUAGAUGGACUGCUGGCAUCUUGGAACUGACAUAAAAAAGAAGGAAUGUUGCAACAAGCAGUGAUUUCAUUUUGGUUUGUUUAAAUAAUAUGUGGGAUCUGACAUGUGACUAGCUAAUCAUAAUAGCACCCUGGCUCAAAUUUUUACCUGGAAAAGCUAUGUUGCAAAUAAAAAUAUUUCAUUUUAAUUCAACAUAUGGAUAUAUGCUGAGGUGAUAGGAAACACUGUAUGGAUUGGAAUUGUACCCCAGAAAAUGUGUACCCUAAGCUUUGGUAACAGGAGGAACCAAGUUAGAACUGUUUGUUAUCUUGUAUUUUUGUUUUAAAAAGUAUUUGUUAUUCUUUUAUAAUGUUAAGCUUUGAAUUUAAUCUUCUUUAUAGAUUAAAGCUCAGUAUGCUAUCAAACUA